AUGGCCACACAUCCUUCACCAGCAGAGUUUACGCGUGAAAAACACGUGUCAUACUUAAAAAUGUGCUUAGAGUUGCUACCACAUGAAUACGAGUCUUUUGAUACGAACAGAAUGACAUUCGCGUAUUUUUGUUUGUCGGGUUUGGACCUUUUAGACGUAUUAGAUUCUGCUCUUACUCCUGAAAGAAGGCGUGGGUGGAUAGAUUGGAUAUAUGCACAACAAAUAUUGCCGAACAUGGAUAAUCCAGCGGAUAAUGAACAUCUUUGUGGCUUUAGAGGUUCGCCGUUUUCUGGAUCCAGGUUUGAUGUUAAUGGGGUAAGAGAUGCUCAAUUUCCCGUUGAUGCGGCUAACCUUGCAAUGACCUACACCGCGUUAUGUUGCCUAUUAUUACUGAAAGAUGAUCUAUCUCGUGUGGAUCGACCAGCAAUUAUCAACGCGAUGCGAUAUUUGCAGAAUGAAGAUGGCAGUUUCUCGCAAACAUAUCAAAGCCUGGAAUCCGACAUACGAUUCAUAUAUUGUGCAUGUGCAAUUUCAUACAUAUUAAAUGAUUUCAGUGGGUUCGAUACGGAAAAGGCUGUGGAUUAUAUUAAAAAAAGUCAGACAUAUGAUUAUGGAAUAGCUCAAUCUCCAGAUCAAGAAUCGCAUGGUGGUUCCACAUAUUGUGCGAUCAGUGCCCUUCAUCUUCUCAAUCGUAUUGACGAAGGAUUAUUAUCAAAAGACAAAACAAUUUUCUGGUGUCUAUCUAGGCAAAUAUCCGGAUUUCAAGGGAGACCAAAUAAACCUCAAGACACGUGUUAUUCAUUCUGGAUUGGAGGUGCCCUUAAGCUAUUAAAUGCAUUUGAUUUGGUUGACUUCGAUUCAAAUCGUGCAUUCUUGAUGACUACACAGUCAAAACACGGGGGAUUCGCAAAGUUGCCUCCAGAGUUAAACAAAUAUUCUAAGUGGAUAAAUUAUCCUGCGGAUCCAUUGCAUACUUAUAUGGGUAUAGCAGCACUCUCACUAAUGAGAGAUCCGGGAUUUGUGGAUUUAGAUCCGGCGCUUAAUAUUUCAAAACGGACAAUUGAUCGAUUGAUCAAUGAAAGUGUGUUUUGGAAAAAAUAA